GCUCUUCCUCCAGCUGGUGCAGCUGCUUAAAGGAAAAAGCAAUCCUGCCGCUGCCUGACGACGUUGUCAGCGCUCGGCGGCUUCCCGAGCCGGCCCGUGGAAAAGAGGAAAGAGCCUUCCCCCCCAAAAAACCCCCACACCCCCUGAGGCACACAGGGAGCGCCCAGCCUAGCAGCACAGGGACAACCCCUUGAAAACGCUUCUCUCGCCCCCCGGGAGGCCCCCCUCCACUGAACAAGACUCAGAAGGGGGGACUGGCAGGGUCUCGGGGUCCCCCCCCUUAAGGAGCAUACUCUUCACUCUCCCCCAAGGGAACUAACCUCCCCCAGGGCACUGAGGCAGGUACAUUGAAGUCAGAUCUCGGCUUCUGUGCAUGGAGGGAGGGGAAGAGGAGGUGCUGCCUGGUCACAAAAGGGCUAGGGGUCAGGCUGCCCUAGUGCCAGAGACCCACCCCGCAUUGUAUAAUCUGGAGGAUGGUUCUGCCCGUCUUCUGGAAAGUGAGGCUUGAGGAAAGCAGCCUGGCAUGCUGAGAGUUUGCUGGGGUCGAGGAUUCCAGCUUCCUGGGACUUUGCAAGGUUGCCCACCCCCUCUUCCUUAUUCUUCAUCAACUUGGCUUUCCAAAGGGACCUUGCUGCACCCCAGCACUCUCUUGCCCGUGGCUGCCUUUUCCCAGGCCAAGAGUUCUGGAACCUCUGGGUCUCUAUGACUUCAGCAGGCCAGGAUCUGCAUCUGUCAGAGGCUGGGCUGUCUGAAUGUGCUUUGCCUUCCUCAGGGUUCUAAAUCAAUGAAGCAGCCAACUGCAGAGGGGCAUAGAGAGGAUGAGCUGGAAGGAUCCAUUCAUAACUAUCACCUUCCCAAGCAAAGUCAUCUACACCAUUGGCUCUAUCCUUAUGCUCAUCAUUCACACAGGUGUUCUCAUUGGUGACCUGUAUCACUUCUUCGUCUCCCAAAGGGGGGACCUCAUGAGCUUCCAUUUUACCGUAGUGCUAUUGGUAAAAAGCUCUAUCUCUCUCCCUGUCUCUCUCUCACACAUUUCCUCUAUUUUGCAGGCAGUCAUUUCAAAGAGGCUUACACAAGAAAAACUCCCUGGUGGUGCUUGCGACUGUAGAAAAUGGAUGAGUUCUGGUGCAUAAGUACCAAACCCAUCAAGAUGGACAUUGACACACUGUCUGUUCAUAAAUAAUUGGCAUUAAUUUGUGUUUUCAAAUCUCAAAAGUCACUGUUUAUCAAAAAGGUUGUUGUAGAGGUGGAGUAAAGGUAAAGGGACCCCUGACCAUUAGGUCCAGUCGUGACCGACUCUGGGGUUGCGGCGCUCAUCUCGCUUUAUUGGCCGAGGGAGCUGGUGUACAGCUUCUGGGCCAUGUGGCCAGCAUGACUAAGCAGCUUCUGGCGAACCAAAGCAGCGCACGGAAACGCCGUUUACCUUCCCGCCGGAGCGGUACCUAUUUAUAUACUUGCACUUUGACGUGCUUUCGAACUGCUAGUUGGCAAGAGCAGGGACUGAGCAACAGGAGCUCACCCUGUCACGGGGAUUCGAACCGCCGACCUUCUGAUUGGCAAGUCCUAGGCUCUGUGGUUUAACCCACAGUGCCACCCGCAUCCCAGGGUAGAGGUGGAGUAGGGCAACUUAAAUGAUCAAGGGCAUGCAGCACCUCCCCUAGAAUGAAAGGUCACUACGCUUGAGUCUUUUUAGUUUAGGUUUAAAAGCACUGAAGAGGGACAUGAUAGAGGUGUGUCAAAUUGUACAUGAUGUAGAGAAAGUGGACAGUGGAGUUUCUCUCUCCUGCAAUACAAGAACCCAGUGGGAUCAUCCAGUGAAGACUGAAUAUGAGAAGCCCAGGAGCUCAGGGUGGUACCCACACUUCUCCUUCUUGCCAUUUAACCCCCAUAACAACCUUGUGAGGUAGAUUAGACUGAGAGGAAGUGACUGGCUUGAACCCUGGCCUCCAGGGUUCUAGUCCAGCACUCUAGCCAGUACACCACACUGGCUCUCAUGUUACGGGUGAAUGAGAGAAUUAACUACCGUAAGAUGUAGGUGAUGGCACACACCUGGACAGUUUUAAAAGGGGACAAGACAAAUUCGAGGAGGAUAAGAUGGUCAGUUAGAAGUGAUAGCACUUCAGUUGUAGACUGCUCUGCCAAAACAGACAAGCUCCUUUGUCAUAUUUCCAGCAGCAUCAACUCUUUCUUUCAAAAAUUAAAUCCUGAAAACUGUUUUAAAAUAUUCUUAGUGUUACUUGAGUUUGAGGUUGAUGUUUUUAAUUCUGUUGGUGGCAUUUUGUUACUCUUCAUUAUAUAUUCUUGCCUUUACUAUUUAUAUCUUAAAUGUUUCUAUUGUUUUUGGGCAGUCUAUAAAAAUAGUGCUAAGAAAAUAAAUACAUAAAAUAUUGCCAGUCACCCACUGUAGGUCUCGCCCUUCCUUCUACCUGUCUCUGUUUCAAACAUCCUGACUUGGUGGUCAUGGGUGCACUUAAUUUUAUGCACUGCUGAAUCUGCAUUCAGCAUUGCAAAUAGAAAACCAGGAAGGUUAACCUUGACUCUAAAUUAAUGAAAAAAAUUCUUGAAUAUGACCAGCGUGCUGAGACUCACUCCAGAUUAAAUGGAUGUGGAGAGAUUUGGGGUAUGUGGUCUAGGAUUCUAAGCUAACUUUUCCACAAAUGUAGUGGGGGUUUGCAAUAAGCAUCUAUAAAAGUGUCCCAUUUGCCCCCUUCCAUCUUAAUCCCCCAGAGAGAAGCGCAUCAGAGUAUAGAGAUGAUUCCCCUCUCCCACUUUUCCAUCAUUGAAGACAAAUCACUUCUGCUCCUUCUGUUUGGUUUCUGCAGUCCUCACAUACAACCAGCUUCUACUGGGCACUGCUGGCAGCGAUCUACACUUUACAAGCAGACGACGAUGUGCUGAUGUACAUUGCCAUGACAUCUUUCGGUAAGGCAAGUUGGGGAACUAGAGGGAUGGGGACCCACCACAUAUUCUGGGGCUCCCUUCAAGCCCAGUGAUGUGAGCUUUCUGGGAAAGAUUGAAUUGGAAUCUUUUGUGCAAAUUAGGGCAAUUUCCAUAGAGCAGGGUUUUUAUUAUUAUUUUGCCAUCAUAAUGUUUUAUGAGGCUAUAAAAAGUGAUCUAACUUAGCAGGUUUAUUUUGCUUUUAUUUAGUAAACAAAGCAAAAAACACUAAAAUCGUCCACGGGUGCUUAAUACUUACUGGCAUCUGUUGAUUUCUACUAAUAAGCUCAUGAGACAGAGCUCAUAGAAAAAUGCACACUGGAAAACCUGCCCCAGCUCUAGCCACUGAACCAGGACAAAAGGAAUCCACUCACAGUGUCCCCAUCUCCAAGUCAGAAGAGCCACCUCCAAAAGAACCAAACCCUGAGAGGAGGAGGAAUGUGGCUAGAGCUGAGAGGGAUGGGUCUUCAGCUGGGGUUAUCAGUGGUGGAAAGAGGUGGGCCCAGUUAGGAAUGUCACAUUUGCUGCAAAGGAGAAGGUGCCGCCUCAUGUCGCACCAGAAGCCAACUCUGGCCCUGGGGUAGCAAGGUUUUCCCUGAUGCUUCCCAGACAUAAGGCCCAGUCCUCUAGCCCAAACACCCUACUGAAUGGCUCAACUUCUGUGAGGGCUUCCCCUGACCUCCCAGGCUGCUGCCAGCCAUUCUACAUUUUGUCAUACCCAGAAACGCAUAAACUUGCUUGCUUCAAAGCAGUGGGUCCCUCCCACCCCCAUUGUGUGUUGGAGAAGUGGAGUCACUUUUUUCCAUCAGCGCUUUCAGCUCUCCUGCCACAACGUACUUUUCCGCAUGAUGUUAACGGUUUGUGAAUGAGUCUCCUCUGCCAAAGCAGCGAAGAGACUGGAAGCUUCUGCUUUUGCUUUGAAAUGUAGGAUCAAAGCCAUGGUUUAUGGUGCUGCCACUAUCAAGUUGUUGGUUUGUGGUCCUGGCUUAUUAACACACCAGAGGAAGGGCUUCAGCUCAGUGUCAGGGCACCUGCCUCACAUGCAGAAGGUUACAGGUUCAGUCCUCGGAAGCAUCUCUGUGUAGGGCUGGGAAAGUCCCUCAUCUGAAACCCUGGAGAGCUAUUACAAAUCAGUGGAUUGGGGACAGUACUCAGCUGGCUGGAUCAAUGGCCUAACUCUGUAUGAGGCAGCUUCUCAGGUUACAGUCUAAGCUAACCAGAUUUCUGCCAAACUGAGAAGCAGCAAGGAAUUCUAAAUAGUUUGAAAGUGGGUACUUCAAAUUUCCUCAUGGGAGCCAUGCCAGCGGAGGGAAAGGGGAAAUAUGCAAGCCCAUGGCUUAUUACCAUAGAGCUAAACCAUGGUUUAGCGCUACAUUCCCAAUGGGCCUGCAUGUCUGUAGCACACAAGGAACUGUGAAAGAACUCAUCGGCCUAGGUUGUGUGGAGGAUGUCAGACUUCAGAUGUCCAUCUUUCAAUUGGGAAAAAGCAGUGUUUGUACUGAAAUGAUUACUGAUGCCUUCCUCUCCUUUCUGCCCAGCCCUGAACUUUGCCGCCUUCCUUGCCCGCUUCAGCAUGGAGUAUGCCACCAUUGAUUACAGAGAGGAACAGUACUAAGCAGCGAUUCUCAAAAGGGGGGGGGGGGCAUUCCCCAGGUUUGUUCCAGUUUGCCUCCAAGGAAGAAGGGAGGGAGCAAAUACAGUUUCGGGUUAACCAAGAGAGUUUAAUGGAACACCAACAAACAAACAGGUCUAUUGCUUCAGGUGUAAUAAAGUCUUGUAUUUUCACCAAGAGAGAAUUGAGGUGGUCAGUGAGCCACACAGUCACGUUGCUGGGGCAAUGCCAGUCAGACACCUCCAAAUAACCUUUCCUUGCUGCAAGGGAUCAUGGGAAGGCUUGUGUGCCCCACUCCCUUUCCAAACUGCUAUGAAUGGGGCCAGCACCUCUCAGUUGAAGAGCAGGGUCUGAGGAUCACCCAGCUGCUACCAGCCUUGCAGCAUGAGAUCUGGGGGGUGGAUGAGCAGAGAGAGAUGGUGCUUGGGAUUGCAAGGCCAACUCAGUCCUUUAUAUAAUGGUACACAGGCAUCACAUCUGCCACAGUAAACUUAACAUGGAACCCACGAUCCCAGCCACUGCACUGUUAAAGCAGGAAAAACAAACCCCACUUGUGCUGCCAGCUUUCAGUUAGAUUUCUGCUAUUUCAGCGUUCUGCUGAGCUGACAAUGAGCCAUUUAUCCAUGUCUCCAUUACUGCCAGAGUAUUGUGGUAAGGGGGAUUCUGCUCCCUCCUCCCUAGUGUUCUCCCCAGCUGCAAACGCCCUGUUGAGAGGUGCACACUUGGCAGGGCAAAGAUGGGCUGUGCAAGAAGCAGGCACCUGCUCCUUGGGGCUACAGCUGUGCUAAGGAAAGCUAUUGGGGAUGGUGCAGACCCUUGUGCUGGAAAAACAACUGCCUUAGGUAAAGUGCUUGGGCCCCCACGCAGCAGCCCUGCCAGGACCAAAAGGAGAUCCAAGUAGGGCUUCCCUAUGUUCAUG